GAAGAGGAGCAGAAGGGGAAGACCAUCAGCAGAGAGAUGAAGAUGAUUGAGGAGCAGAUCUCCUCUCUGUCAGACAGCAUCUCUGCUGUUGAAGAAGACCUGCAGAAAGACAAGGUGUCGUUCCUCAGCAGUUAUAAAGCCACUCAGACCAGAGCCAGAGUCCAGAGCUCACUGACAGAUCCACAGCUGGUCUCAGGAGCGCUGAUAGAUGUGGCCAAACACCUGGGCAACCUGUCCUUCAGAGUCUGGGAGAAGAUGAAGGACCUGGUCCACUUCAGUCCUGUCAUUCUGGACCCAAACACUGCAGCCAAUGAUCUCUAUCUGUCUGAUGAUCUGACCAGUGUGAGACGUGGAGACACAAACCAGCAGCUUCCUGAUAAUCCAAAGAGAUUCAGCUGGUAUGCAGAUGUUCUGGGCUCUGAGGGCUUCAGCUCAGGGAAACACAGCUGGGAGGUGGAGGUGGGAGACCAUCCUCACUGGAAUUUAGGUUUCGUUAAAGAGUCAGUUGACAGGAAGGGAGAGAUAUAUCCUUCACCAAAACAUGGAGUUUGGUGUUUAGUUCAUCACAGUGGAACAUACACUAAUGGAGCUGGUCAGACUGUCAGAGUGAGGAAGAGUCUCCAGAGGAUCAGAGUCCAGCUGGGCUAUGACAGGGGGGACGUGUCCUUCUACGACCCUGAAGACACGACUCCCAUCUGCACUCACAGAGACACUUUCACUGAGAAACUCUUCCCAUAUUUUAGUGUUGGAAAGUCUGGUGACGCUAAAACUGCUGAUAUCAAAAUCUGUCAAACUGAUGUUUCUCUGUGAUGUUCAGUGAAGGUGGUGAAGUCAAAGUGAUUCUGUUCUUGUUUGAUGUUUAUUAUAGUUUUUUUGUUGCUAAUUUCUGUAAAUAUUUUCAAAUUAAAGAAUGAGAAGCUGAAAAUGAGAGGGAUGAUGUUCUAAAUAGUAUUUAAGUUUUAAGUUUGCCUUUAAAAGCCUUUUAGUUUUAAAUUACCUGACCACAUGAAGCCUCAUCCUACUUUAUCUAUCUUCUUCAUUUAUUUAUUAAUCAUCUAUCUCUGAAACUAAAUAUGGAAAUAGAAUUAUUAAUCACUGCUUAUUUUUUGU